AUGAUGGACGGGAGAGCCACAAACGGCGCCAGCGGCCAGGAGCGCCGAAGCGUCGACGCAGGUCGAGGCAAGGACAGAGACAGGGACGCUCGCACCGGUGCGGCCACGACCACGACCAAUUCUAGGCCCGCCGCCAACGUGCAGAGCACUAUCCGGACUGUUACACCCGAGUCCUCCGACAAUGGUCGCGGCCCCAUGGACACAAGCACGACACAAGCCUCACAGCCGUCCCGAGGUUAUGGCACCACGUCGCCCCAGACCUCCCCCCGUUCCAUACCUGGCGGAGAGCGACGGCGGCAGGGCGUUGUAUUUAAUGAUGCCUUUGAGGGCUCAGGCGACAGCUCCGAGUCGAGUCCGCCCCAACAACAAAGGUCAGCCGUGAGACCUCGCACGCACACAAUGGACGGGGCGCUCGCGUUACGCCAGCAAACAACUGCUUCGACCGUCGACAAUCGGCACAGGGUGGGGUCGUUUUCCUCGUCAGGUUCCACGCCAUUCAACGACAUUGAUGUUCGCCCUCGCGCCGCCGCGCUGGAAUCCGUGGCGUACCAGCCUGCUGCCACCUCACGAGGUCCAGCUCCGGACCUAAAGGUCACCGUAUCCUCCACCUCCACUUCUACGUCUACGUCCAAGCACGACAAGAGAUCCUCGAAUCGACGUCUGAUAAAGCGCGCGUCCUCCCGCCCUACAUCUCCUCUAGUUUCUCCUCCUCCCUCCGUCGACUCGCUUCCCCUCCCCAUACCUACCGACGAUGCCAAUCAGGUGCUUCUGCUCAUGAGGACGCUUUGUGGCCGAAUGAAGGGAGAAGUUGAGUAUCAGGGGGAGCCCAAUGGGCCGUGGUAUUCUGGCAUUUGCUAUAUUGAUGAAGAGCGAGGCAGCCUACUGUUUGAUUCCGGCCAGAAUGGGCCUUUCCAUAUCCCUCUUGUAGGAGACCUGCGAGGCUGCAGGGUGCUGCCCGCCAACUACCCGGAACAUGGUGGUCAAUGUUUGGAAUUAUUGAACCAGAAAAUGGGCAUCGAGCUGCUGCUCAAGCCACUGGUUGCCGAGGAAUUUAACCUUUGGCUUGCUGCCCUGCUUUGCUGGCAACAAGUCCGGCCAACAGGAGUUCGGCUGCCCAGCGCAAAGGGAGGCAACCCGCCGCCAACCACCAGCCGAGCUGAUAUGCGAAGACGAGGAUCGUCAGUCGCUGGCGCUGCGGCUUCGAAAGACGCCAAUAUCAUAAAGGUUGGCAAGGUCAUGUUGUGGGAUAAGGGAACCGCGACAUCGCCACGCGCCAUAGUGAAGCGGCCAUCCACGCGAGAUUUGCGUGGUGCAACAACUGCUUGGGUCAGGGUCUCCUGUAUAUUGCAAGAUAAUGGCGAGUUUAAGCUCAUGUCGGAAAACGACGUGACAGUGCUUUCCAUUAUAGAGCUCUCCCAGCUCUCUCGCUGCGCUAUACAGCAACUCGACAAAUCCGUCCUCGAUGAGGACUACUGCAUUGCCAUUUUCCCAACCUACUCGUCCACAUCAAGACAAUUGUCCAUCUUCAGACCUGUCUAUAUAGCGCUCGAUUCGAGAGUUCUCUUCGAGGUUUGGUUCGUUCUACUUCGAGCAUUCGCAGUACCAGACCUUUACGGGAUAGAGUCGGCUACGGAGCAAGCCGUAGAAGUCACCAAUUACGACAAAGAAUUCGAGGGACAGAUGUUCAGACUUGAAAAGACGAUACAGGUCAGGGUCACGGAGGCGAAACUUCGACGCCUCGAUCAAAGGUUCGAGCAACAUGACAAGCAUCACAAGAACGAGCGCGACCCCCUUAUUGGAAACUAUCUGGCUGAAGUCAUCUUGGACGGCGAAGUUCGCGCACGCACCACCACCCAAACUGACACCAACAAACCUUUCUGGAGAGAAGCUGCGCAGUUCACUGAGCUUUCCACCUCGCUCCCAUACUUAUCCGUUGUGCUCAAAAGGGUUGACGGAAAUCUUGAUAGUUUCAGCCAUCAGCUUCAGGCCUCGCUAGGGUUGUCCAAGACUGGCAAUCUGACCGAGAUCAUGUGUGGUGCAGUUGACAUUCCGUUGGACAAACUUGAGCGAGGUAAAGACCAUGAGCAGUGGCAUCAGAUACAUGACGAGAAGAAUGAGUCGAUUGGAAGCAUGUUUGUUAAGGUCAACCAUGAGGAGCUUGUCGUACUCAUGUCUCAGGAUUACCGUCCGAUCUCUGAUCUCUUGCACAAGUUCAGUCUUGGCCUGACCAGCCAGAUCGCAGCGGCUAUGCCACAGCAACUGCGGAGGCUCGCGGAAAUGUUCAUCAACAUCUUCCAAGUAUCCAACAGCUCCGUUCAGUGGUUGUUGGUCUUGGUUGAAGAAGAGAUCGAUGGUAUCAGCGGGCAGAAUAGCAUGAAGAAAAUGCGGUUCAGCCGAAGGUUGAAGUCGAAUGACUCGAACAACUCGGCCAGCGACAGGGAGCUGCUUGUUCGUGAUAUGGGCAAAUCAUUGGCUGGCGAGGCCAAUCUUCUUUUCCGUGGCAACACCCUGCUGACCCAAGCCUUGGAGUUUCACAUGCGACGCCUGGGCAAGGAGUACUUGGAGGAGAUACUCAGCGACAAGAUCUUUGAGAUCAACGAGCUCAAUCCAGACUGUGAGGUUGAUCCCAGCAGGAUACAACACCACGAUGAUAUCAACCAGCAUUGGGUGCAGUUAAUGCAGCUUACGACAGAAGUAUGGGAAUGUAUUGCAGCGUCGGCAACAAAACUACCCGCGGAGCUUCGGCAGAUACUCAAGUAUAUCCGCGCUGUCGCUGAAGAUCGUUACGGCGACUUUCUCAGAACUGUCACAUACACAAGCGUCUCGGGCUUCUUAUUCCUGCGUUUCAUCUGUCCAGCAAUCCUCAAUCCGAAGUUGUUCGGCCUACUACGCGACAACCCCCGCCCAAGAGCCCAGCGUACACUCACACUGAUCGCCAAGGGUCUACAAGCGCUGGCAAACCUGUCAACGUUUGGCAAGAAGGAAAGUUGGAUGGAGCCGAUGAACAGAUUUCUCAACAUCCAGAGACAGCCCUUCAAGGACUUUGUCGACCAAAUCUGUUCAAUUCCUGCAGAGCGCGCUGCCACCCUGCUGCCUGCUACCUAUACGACUCCCAUCACUAUUCUCGGUCGUCUAUCUCCAGCAUCGAGAGAAGGCUUUCCCGCGCUACCUUACCUCAUUGACCAUGCCAGGAACUUUGCUGCUCUCAUCAAGCUGUGGUUGGAAUGCCAUCAUGCCGCCGCUGCCGACUCGCACACCUUUGAGGGAGAACUUGCCGAUUUCCACCAUCUCUGCGUCAAGCUCCAGAAACGUUCAGAUGAAUGCAUGGCUAAAGUUGAGGCUGUGCGUAUGGCAGAGAGCGCAUCGGUGGCGACCGACGAUGUCGCUGACAGUCUAGAGAAGGCGUCUAUAAUGGAUUCUGUCCAUCUUGCCUACGGCAGUCCGUCAAUUUGGGUGGACAACGAUCCCUAUCGCGCCCCUGGAUCAUCUGGCUCUGACAUUGAAGGCAAUGAUCGGUCCAUCUUCCGCGAACUCAAAUUCGUUGGAGGCCGGGAUGGCAAUCCGCACCGGCAAGUUUCUGACAGCUCCGAUAUCUCGAACAUUGGUGGCACGCUACGCCGCAAUGGCAAGAAGCCGCGCGCUUUUCUUAGCGGGCUCAUAGGCGGCAAGAAGGACAAGCAUGGCAAAGGAGAUUCGCACCACUCAGGCUCAUCGACAGUUCGCGAAAGGAAGGACAAGGAGGAUAGAGAGAGGAAAGGCUUCCUCGGCGGUCUAGCCGAUGGCUGGCCGAGCAGUGAAAACUCGAAGCACUAG